CAAGCAGAUCCGGCCGAAACAGGUGCAGGUGGCGCUGCAGUUGAUUCUAAAGAACGGCACCGUGUCGCAACUGAACAUGGGCGAGGGGAAAACGUCCAUGAUCAUCCCCAUGCUCAUUCUGUACUGGCGCAGUCGGAAGACGAUCGGGUAUAAAAAGCGGCUGGGCGGAAGUGAAGACGAGGUCGUGUUUUUGGACGCCGAGAUGAAAAGAGAUGCAGACAGAGCGGGAGGAUCAUCCGAUGAGCAUCAAGAUGAACAUGCCACUUAUACAUACGGCCCCACGCUUGCCUUUCAACCAGAACCAUCGGGCGCUUCCGCGCAAAAUGGUAAUCCACCGGACGGUGCCUUCGAAUUGGUCUCGCAACCGAUCAGGUCGCCAACGGAAAGGACGCAUUUGAUUCGGGUGUUUUUGUUGCCUUCCUUGAUCCAGGACAAUUUCAAACAGUUCCACAAACUGCUCUGGCAAAGCGUCUUCAAGGUGCCGAUCUGCACGCUGCCUUUCCGCAGAGAGCACUUGCGAUUUUUCUCCGCAGCUGAGGGGACGAAAAU